ACUUUGAGUGUGUGUGGUUCAGUGUGUGAUAGUCAUCUAUAUUGACAGCACACUAAUGCUAUACCUGUUUGGCCAGUUCAGUUGAAAGAAAAGCGUUUCACAAAAAGAGCCGGCAUAUGGGAGCGUGACUGCAGAUGCUUCACGCUGUCAAGUAGUGACUCCAAUUCUCACAAAGGACGGGGAGGGAUGAUGCUUCGCUGGGUCUUGUUAGCUCUGUUCAUCGGCAUCUGUGCCAGUGCUGGAGAACAGAAAAAGAAGAAAGCGAAGCCUCAGUCCUUAUCAAGAGGAUGGGGGAAUAAUAUCAAUUGGGUCCAAGGCUAUCAAGCAGGCCUAUCAAAAAUGGUCAAGAGUCAGAAACCUCUCAUGGUCAUUCAUCAUCUGGAAGACUGCCCGCACAGUCAAGCACUGAAGAAGGCAUUCGUUGCUGACAAGACCAUCCAGAAAAUGGCCAAAGAGGAUUUCAUCAUGCUCAACUUAGUGGAAGAGUCUGGGGACAAGAAUCUGGUACCUGAUGGCCCCUAUGUUCCCAGAAUCCUCUUUGUUGAUCCAUCCAGGACCGUGCGUGCAGACAUCACAGGGAAGUACGCCAACCGCCUCUACACCUACAGCCCGGACGACAUGGAGCUCUUGGCCAGCAACAUGAAGAAAGCCAAACUCUUGCUGCACACUGAACUCUAACGUGCCUCGGCAUCCCCGCGUUUUCUCCGUGCCUGCCCAGCGGUCAGCACUGAAAACAUUACUCAAAACAAUAAACUCAUUAAAACCAAAAUGGAUGAAAACAA